AUUGCGUUCUUCAGUUUCGCGUCAAAUGCGGUAGAUAACAUAUGAGUUCGCGAAUAUGAUCAUUAUAUUUUAGAUAUCAACCAAAAAUAAGUCUGACAUUUAUUUAAAUUUUAUUCGAAAACAUGUUAGUCAAUCUUGUUGUGAAAGUGCUCUUUUGUGUAUUAUGCUUAUAUAUGGAAUUUAUUCAAGCACAGAACCUAUUCAAUAGGUAUAAACUUAUGUCUCGUUUACAAAUGAAACCAAGGAUUAGGGCAAGGUUACAAGAAAAAUUGAAUCAAUAUAAAGCGAGAACCACUCAAACUGUUUGUUAUGAUAGUGUUGGGUGCUUCGAUCUACCUCACAAAAGGUCACCAUUACAAAAAGUUCCUGAAGAUCCGGAAAUGUUACGAACGAAAUUUUUCCUCCUAAGAAGGAACAUAAACUUCUCCACUCCACAAAUAAUUCAUUAUGAUGAUGACGGAGAAUCUUUGAGAAAUUCAAAAUUCAACUAUUCCCAACCCCUGAAGAUGAUUGUUCAUGGUUACAUGAGCAAAUGGAAUGAAAAGGGAGCCCUUAUCACGUCUAAGGCUUACCUGGACUUGUAUGACUGCAACAUGAUGGUAGUUGAUUGGGGUGUUGGAGCAAGAGGUCCUCAAUAUGCUACAGCAGCCGCAAAUACUGAACUAAUCGGUAGACAAACGGGCAUCUUACUCUUGAGAAUCAUCAAAAAUGGAAUGAAUCCGAAAAAUAUUCAUAUGAUAGGAUUUUCACUUGGAGCUCACGUAGCUGGUAGUGCUUCGGAGGUGUUAAAAGCAAGUGGACAUUUAUUAGGUAGAAUAACAGGUCUAGACGCAGCAAGUCCUUUGUUCCGAAAUAAUCAUCUCCGAGAAAAACACAAGAAGUUGGAUAGAGAUGACGCACAUUUCGUUGACGUUGUGCAUACAGAUUCAAGCCCGUACGCUGCAGAUGGUUUUGGUUUAUGGGAACCUAUAGGACAUGUGGACUUCUUCCCUAACGGUGGACAAGAUCAACCAGGAUGUACCGAUACCAGAGGUUCCGUCGUAGUCACGAGCUUGGAUAAAAGAUUGACUAGGGACAUAGCAUGCAGUCAUAUAAGGGCUUGGCAUCUAUUUCAAGAGUCUCUUUUAAACAAGCUAUUAGGAAAGAACAACACCUGUGAAUUCAUAUCAUAUAGUUGCCCAGGCGGUUUACCUUCCUUUGAAGAAGGGCACUGCUUUCCGCAUUUGGAUAAUACAACAAGUAAGCUGUAUCUAGAUCCCAGUUACAUAGCAGAAAUUGGAAAAUUGGGCGAAGAUGCAAAAGGUGAAGGAGUUAUGUAUUUGACAACAAGAAGUUCCUCGAAAUUUUGUGGUACUCAACUCCAAACCUCAAUUCAAAUAUCUCAAAAGACAAAACCAACUAAGGGAGUGUUACAAUUACAUCUAGAAUAUAGGAAUUACACAGCAGAUUUCAGCAUAAAGUGCGAAAUUUUAGAUUUCGUUAUGACUGGAACGGUUAUGAAUGGUCUGGGAGUAAUAGACUUCAACACCUUAAAACCAGAAGUGGAAGAAAUCCAUGCUAGUCUAAGCUACAUAGAUAUCGAAUAUGGUAAACAAAAUAUCGACGUCAAGCAUACAAUAUAUAUAGACAAAAUAACAGUUCGUGAUAUGUAUGGAAACAGCUGGCAAUACUGUGGAAGAGAUACAAUGCUGAAUGACAGAAUAGGACAUUUUGAUGCAAUGAAUGUCACUCUAAAUAGAAAAUCUUGUUAAAUUUGUUCUAAAUUUUAUAAAUAUAUUAUUUGUUACA